CAUCCAAAAAAAAGUUAAAAAAAAAACUCAAGAACAGAGCGAAAGGAUAAUAUAAAAAAACAAAUACAAUUUUCCAAAAAAAAAAAGAUGCCUCCAACUUUGCCAGAAUUCUCUAGUUCCGUGAAGCUCAAGUAUGUAAAACUAGGUUACCAAUACCUAGUCAACCACUUCCUGGGCUUUCUCCUGAUCCCGAUCAUGGCGGCCAUAGCCGUGGAGCUUCUUCGUAUGGGCCCCCAGGAGAUCCUCAGCGUCUGGAACUCACUUCACUUCGAUCUUGUCCAAACGCUCUGCUCAGCUUUCCUCAUCGUCUUCAUUUCCACCGUCUACUUCAUGUCCAAACCUCGUACGGUUUACCUCGUCGACUACGCUUGCUAUAAACCUCCCGUCACGUGCCGUGUCCCCUUUUCGAGAUUGAUUCUGAAGGACAAUCCCAAGAGCGUCGAGUUCCAGAUGAGGAUUCUUGAACGGUCUGGUCUUGGAGAAGAGACGUGUCUGCCUCCUGCUAUACAUUAUAUCCCUCCUAAUCCGACCAUGGAAUCUGCGAGAGGAGAAGCCCAGAUGGUGAUUUUCACCGCCAUGGAUGACCUCUUCAAGAAAACAGGCUUAAAGCCCAGAGACAUCGACAUUCUCAUAGUGAACUGCUCUUUGUUUUCUCCGACACCUUCCCUGUCGGCUAUGGUGAUCAACAAGUACAAGUUGAGGAGUAACAUCAAAAGUUUCAAUCUUUCCGGCAUGGGUUGCAGCGCCGGCUUGAUCUCCGUCGAUCUAGCUCGAGAUUUGCUCCAAGUUCAUCCCAAUUCCAACGCCGUUAUCGUCAGCACAGAGAUCAUCACCCCGAAUUACUACAAGGGCAACGACAGGGCCAUGCUUCUACCCAACUGUCUCUUCCGUAUGGGCGCCGCCGCAAUCCUCCUCUCGAACCGCCGCUCGGACCGGUGGCGAGCCAAGUACAGGCUGUGCCACGUGGUCCGUACCCAUCGCGGAGCUGACGACAAGUCGUACUACUGCGUGUACGAGCAAGAGGACAAGGACGGAAACGUGGGCAUUAACUUGUCCAAAGACCUCAUGGCCAUCGCCGGUGAAGCCCUAAAGUCUAACAUCACCACUCUAGGUCCUCUAGUCCUGCCGGCAUCAGAACAGAUCUUAUUCCUGCUAUCGUUGAUCGGUCGGAAAAUUUUUAACCCUAAAUGGAAACCGUACAUACCCGAUUUCAAGCUCGCGUUCGAACAUUUCUGCAUCCAUGCCGGAGGCAGAGCCGUCAUAGACGAGCUUCAGAAGAAUCUCCAGCUCUCGGCCGAACACGUGGAAGCUUCGAGAAUGACGCUUCACCGAUUCGGAAACACGUCUUCGUCGUCACUUUGGUACGAGCUAAGCUAUAUCGAGGCCAAGGGACGGAUGAGACACGGCGAUCGCGUUUGGCAAAUCGCGUUUGGGAGCGGUUUCAAGUGUAAUUCAGCGGUUUGGAAGUGUAACCGUACGAUCAAAGUGCCGACCGAUGGUCCGUGGUCCGACUCCAUCGACCGCUACCCCGUCUAUAUCCCUGAGAUUGUCAAACUCUGAAUGAAGCUACACGGUUCAGUUGGGUUUAGAUCAAAUUGGUAUGAAUUAGAUUUAGUUUGUGUUCGGUUUGGCCGGUUUAUUUACAUGGGAUUUGAUAUACCGGUGUGAAAAGAAAACAAGAGAGAGAGAAGAAAGCAUAAAGUGCUUGCAUCUGCAAAUAUUUUAUCUUUUACCUUUCAUUUGUGGGCUGUUUUUAAUUCGUCUUGCGGUAAUUUGUGAUGUAUCAAUAACACACUUUAAAAGGAAAACUUUCUUUUAAAAUUUUU